CAUCUGCAGGAAAAUUUCGUUAUGCGUUGCAGAAAUAGUCAGCUUGAGGUUUGUUCACAAAAUUUUUCAUAUAAAAAAUCAAAUUUUGACGUUUGUGUGACUAAAAUUUGUGUGAUUUUAAUCAUUGCCGGAUUCUUUGUUAAAAAAUCAAGGUCUAAUAAAAUGUCUCGCUCACAAUCCACUAGAGUCACUCGAUCUACAUCACGGAUGGCAAGUAGUAUUGCUGCAACUGUACCAGCUGUUGGAGAGAGCUCUGAAAGUGAAAAUGAACAGCUUUUAAUGAUUCUGAAAUCAGACAACUCAUCACAUCUGAUCGGUGAAUCGUUCAAGAAAAUUGAAUCUGAACGGCAAAAAACGUACGUUGAUAGUCUAAAGGAUUUAAUGAACUUUUUUCCAAAGAAGUCUGAGGAAGAGGAUGAAUUUUCCUUGAAAACAGCCAGAAGAGAGGCUUUAUUUGAAGAUGCGAUUGCCACAUUUGUGGCGUGCUUUUUAAUAAUUUCAAUCUCUUUGCUGAGCUUUUAUGCCAGACACUCUAUUGUCUCUUCAAUGCUUCCAGCUCAAGUACUUGAACUCGGAAAGUUUUGGACACCUUGUAUAUAUUGUCUGGUGAUUUUUGUUUUGCUUAGAGAGAAAUUGAGUUCAUAUUUUUAAGUACUGUUUAUAAAUUUUCAAAUAAACUCUGCAUAUUUUU